UGUUGUUUCGUUGAAUACUUAAGAAGAAAAAGAAGAAGAAAUAAAAAGGCGAACUAAAUAUACGGCUUAGGAAAUAGUUAAACGUUCUCUUUCAAAUGCGAAUUUCUAUAUGUCCGUAUUUGCAAAUUAUUAUAUAGAUCUUUUUGAAACAUGUGAGCGGAAAAAUUUAUGAUCGAAAUUUACUUCUUAGCACAAACUGCUUUCACUCGAACAAAUUUGACAUCGAACGUAAAUUGUGCAGUUUAACAUUCCUAUCUCACAAGUGGAUUUGUAUAUAUUUAAUAAUUCGCAAAAAGUGUAAAUAAAUGGAUUUGAGAACUAAAUAAGAGUUCAAGCACAGUAAUCGUUUAAUACCAAACAAAUAGUGAAUGAAGAAAGCUGAAAAGAUGUAGUGGUAAUAAUAAGAGUAAACGAAUAUUUUCAACAAGUGCAGAAAACAGUGAAGAAAACCAAAAAAAAAAAAACGUCAGAACUUUAAUAAAAAAAAGUAUGAUAAAUAAAUCUAUAGUAAUAUAUGCAAGAGAAUGAGAAAAUACAUAUGCAUAUUAUAGGCUGUGCGCGGUAAGGCGUAGUAAUAGAAAACUAAAUCAAAACAUUACUUUUUAACAGAAUAGAAAAAUAAAGUAGAGGAACUACGCCGACCUUCAGUUAUAGUUACAUUGUCGCGACUGGCGCAAUUUGUGACGUCACCGAGGUCAAUGAACGCAUGUAUCAAUAGAUGAGCUUUUCAAGAAACUCUUCUCCUAAUAUUAAGAAGUGUGGCGGUAGAAGAAUUUGAAUGUUGAGAAGUAAUUUUCGCCUUUUAAAUUUAUCAAAGGUAGACUGUCUAGAUAUAUUGGCUGCUAAGUAACAGAAAUAAACAGCAAUUCAUUCAACCUGAACUAAGCAAAUAAGUAAAACUGGAAGAUUCGUCUGAAAAAUACCCAGUUCUCGCGCAAACACGAAUGGAAUCAUAAUCAUUUGAAGCAACGCUCGUUUUUAUCUAAAUAAUAAAAAAAAUACAAAAAUUAAAAAAUUAAAACAACCAUUAAAAUAACUACAGUUAAACAUGGGCGAUCGUGAAACAAGAUGUAACGCAGGCGGGCAAUUUAUGGAUCGCGGUCGUAUGAAUCAAAAUGGCGUUGUUCAGCCUUUGUUAACCGAUUUAUAUCAAAUAACAAUGGCCUAUGCUUAUUGGAAAUCCGGAAAAACUGAUGAUCAUUCGGUGUUUGAUUUGUUUUUUCGUUCAAAUCCAUUCCAUGGAGAAUUUACAAUAUUCGCUGGUUUAGAUGAAUGCUUAAGAUUUUUAGAGAGUUUUCAUUAUUCCGAAAGCGAUAUUGAAUAUUUGCGACGAACAUUGCCAGAAGGCACAGAAAAUGAAUUUUUUGAUUAUUUGGGUGAUUUGACUGCUAAAGAUGUUACCUUACACGCCAUUGAUGAGGGUACAGUGGCUUUUCCCAGAGUGCCUAUCAUUAAAGUAGAAGGUCCUUUGAUUAUAGCACAAUUGUUGGAGACAACUCUAUUAACUUUAGUUAAUUAUGCUAGUUUAAUGGCUACAAAUGCAGCACGUUAUCGCAUGGUUGCUGGUAAACAUGUAAAUCUAUUAGAAUUUGGCCUAAGACGGGCUCAAGGACCAGACGGUGGCCUUUCUGCGUCAAAAUAUUCCUAUACAGGUGGUUUCGAUGGUACCUCUAACGUUCUGGCCGGCAAACUGUUCAAUAUACCCGUAAAAGGCACACAUGCACAUGCUUACAUUACCUCUUUCUCUGGUAUAGAAGAAUUAAAGGCACGUCUCUUAAAACAUAAACUAACCGCAGGCGUUACCGGCGAUUUACUGGAAUUAGCCAUUAAGUAUCGACAAAAAUUAUCUACAGUUUUAAACGUAUCAAUGGAAGAGUCGUCAGAGGGCGAAUUGGCUGCUAUGGUGUCUUAUGCUAUAGCGUUUCCUGAUGGAUUUAUGGCUUUAGUCGAUACGUAUGAUGUCAAGAGCCCUGCUAAAAGUACAAACAGUAAUAAUAUUACAGCAAAAACUGUCACUAAAGCAGUUAUUAGCAAAAGCAAUGCUAAAAAUUUAAGCGAUAAACGAUCGACUGAUAUAAAUGAAACAAAACUGCCAAUCACUACUACUAGUGCUGGUAUUAAUAUGACUAAUGGUUGGACUGUUCAUCCAAAUGGAAAUAUAGAUAAUAUUAAUAAUGCUGUAUCCACUUCAACGGAAAAUGAUACUAAUAAAAAUGAUCAAAAUAUGAACAACAAUAAUGCUCAACCUCAUGAUAGUAAAUACCAUGCAUGCAUGUCACAAUUAUCACAACGAUCUCUGUCCAAUCUGUGCAAAAAAACCGAGAAGUCAUUCAGAAGUGGUCUGCUGAACUUUUGUGCUGUCGCUUUGGCACUAAACGAUUUGGGCUAUCAGGCGGUUGGUAUACGUAUCGAUUCGGGUGAUUUGGCAUAUCUGUCCUGUCUCGCUCGUGAGACGUUUGAAAGAGUAGCCGAACGUUUCAAGGUGCAAUGGUUUAAUAAACUUACCAUAGUGGCCUCCAAUGACAUCAAUGAAGAGACAAUACUAAGCCUAAACGAGCAGGGACAUAAAAUUGAUUGCUUCGGCAUUGGCACUCACUUAGUAACUUGUCAACGGCAGCCAGCGUUAGGAUGCGUUUAUAAAUUGGUGGAAAUUAACGGCCAGCCACGUAUUAAACUAAGUCAAGACGUGGAAAAGGUCACUAUGCCCGGUCAUAAAAAUGCUUACAGACUUUACAGUUCUGAUGGUCAUGCCUUGAUUGAUUUACUGCAAAAAGUAUCGGAAACACCGCCAGAAGUUGGACAAAAGGUUUUGUGUCGUCAUCCUUUCCAGGAGUCUAAGCGUGCCUACGUCAUUCCCAGUCGUGUAGAGCCUUUAUAUAAGAUUUACUGGCAAAACGGUAAAAUUACUCAAAAGUUACCUACAUUGGAGCUGGUCCGAGAAAAAGUACAAAAGUCCCUGAAAACCCUUAGGAAUGAUCAUAAACGCACUCUGAAUCCCACUCCUUACAAGUUCGCAAUAUCGCAGGUAUCCGUUAGUGAUAAUUUGUAUAAUUUUAUACAUGAUUUGUGGCUGCAAAACGCCCCGAUUGGUGAGCUCUCAUGAUCGAUAUAAAAGAUGUAUUUAUCAUACAUUGAAGAUAAGCUUGGUUUGUUUUUUUUGUACUUUUCUUACUUGAGAUCUUAAAGAGUGAGCGUUGCGAGGUUUUUAUGGAGGUUCUUUAAUAUUUUUUUUUUUUUUAGUUUUUAACCAUGCAUAUACACCACCAACGAAUGAUGAGGGUAUGUUUAUUUUAUCGAAGCUUUACAGAGAUCAUACCCUUGAUCAAUGUCAAAUUCUAAGCGAUUUAAAUAUGUCCAUCUGUGCGUCGUAUAAUGACUGCUCUUACAGGCAACUUGAAAUUGAAAAUGGGCGAAAUCGAGUAAAAUGCAUGUUUAUCGUGCAACGUGUGAAACUAAGAACAUUUUGAUUUUCAAAACCGAGAAAUCUCCUAAUUGCCCACUACUAUACCGGAUUAAGUCGAGGAUAUUUUCACAUAUAUUUUACAGUGCCUAUAUAAAAGUCGGAAAACAUCAGCCACCCCAACUCAAUAUUAUAGAGAAAAAGUGGUGUGUGUAAAAGAUUCGGUCACGGCCGAAUAUAAUUUUCUUACUUGUUGUUUUUGGCAAAGAGUAAUGUUUACUUAAUUA